AUGAUUCCUCUGCAACUUGUCAUCAUAAUCCUCUCUCUGCGAUCCACCUUCUCCCAGCAAUAUUACGAUCACACUCCUUGCUCCUCUCACACCACCAAUCCCGCCGCCGCCUACACCUGCGCCUCCGCCGGAACCUCCUGCCCCUCAUUCAUCGUCUACAGAGCCAACCGCCCCUUCUCAACCGUCUCCGCCAUCUCAACCCUGUUCCAAACCGACUCCCACUCCUUACUCUCCGUCAACCCUAACGUCUCCACUCCGUCGCAGUCUCUCCCCUCCGGCCACGAACUCCUAAUCCCGGUCACGUGCUCCUGCGCCGCCGAUCGCUUCUAUCGCUCCUACUUCACCUACACCGCCACACAAAACACCUCAAUUUCAGAAAUCGCUUGCGCCGUUUACCAAGGCCUGGUGAAAUCCGCCGCGUUAACGGAGGAAAAUCACGCCCGAGGUAACGGCGUCAGUGCUGGCUCCACGCUCCGCUUGCCUCUCAGGUGUGCUUGUUUGGAUGACGUUUCCGAAAAGGAUUCAGUGAAAUAUCUCGUCACCUACCCUUUCAUCGAAGGGGACAACACCAAAAAAUUGGCGGGAAAAUUCAACGUUGCAGAGGAGGAGAUAUGGAGGUUCAACCGCAUGGAUCCCUUCUCGCCGCCGGUGUUUCCUAACACGACGGUUUUGAUUCCGGUGAGAGAGGAGCCGUGGAUCAAUUUCAGCAUUCCUGAUGCAGAUCCGCCGACGCUUCAGUUCCUGCCGACGCUACCGGUUGAAAAGAGGCCAAACGAUCCGGAAUUGAAGAAAUUGUACAUCGCCGGAUCGGUAAUCGGGACUUUUCUUAUCGCUGCUCUGACGAUCUCCUGCUGUUUGUACAUGAAGGCGUUGAAGAAGUUCAAAAUCGAGAGAAUUCGCAUUGAGGAGAUCAGCGCCGCGACGAAGAAUUUCAGCGGCGAGGUGAAGACUAGCGGCGGGAUCUACAGGUGCGGCGGCGAGGCGAAUGCGAUGAUGAUGAUCAAAGAGAUGAGAUUGGAGAAUACUCGUCAGGCAAUCGACGUCCACUCCAGAAUCAAUCACGUGAACAUCGUGAAGCUCCACGGCAUCUGCUACGGCGGCGAUGACGACGAGGAUCCGACGUCUAGCUGCUGCUAUCUGGUGUUCGAGCUCCCCUUCAAUGGCAGCUUAAGAGAUUGCUUGAAAAGUUCAUCUGGCGCGCUUCAAUGGUGUAGGAGGACUCGGAUCGCAUUCGACAUCGCGACGGGGCUCUACUACCUGCGGUACUCCGUCGCGGGCUACACGGAUCAGCUGAGGCUGAGCAGCGACAACAUUUACUUGAGCUCGAGCUGGAGGGCGAAGAUAUUUGUUUCAGGCGAGAAUGUGAGAAGCUCGGGAGCGGGCGAGAGUGUGGAUAGGAGCGGAGAGAUGUUUGAUUUUGGGGUGGUGCUGAUGGAAGUGAUCGGAGGGAAGGAAGUGGAGGUGGAUGAGAGAGGGGUGAGGGAGGCGAUGGGCUUUAUGGGAGAGAAGGAAGGAGGGUGCUUUGAUCAGUUGAGGAGUUUUGUGGAUUCUUCUCUGAGAGAUGAUUAUCCAUUAGCGGAGGCAUUGUGUUUGGCUGUUUUGGCUGGAUCAUGCGCAGACCAUGAUCCCAUGCAUAGGCCCUCCAUAGAAGAUGCGCUCAAGAUUCUUGCUAGGAUGCUCUAG